AUGGCUUACAGGCGCUCCUCCGAAGACGAUGAGCAGAGGUACUUGCGGUACCCGCUGACUCAAACGGGAGGUGUUUACAAUUACUCAAAUGACGCGGUGGAUAGCAUCAACUUCCAACAACCCCAGAGGGUGUACUCGAGCCAGAUGCACCAGAGUAAUGACGACUUCUUGCACUACUACGAGGAUGAGAGGCCGUCUGCCAUGUUCAACACACUGCAUGUGCCCCCUCCACCUCCAAGAACUCAGCCGCUACCGUCUCACGAUCCAUUUACCGAUAACGACUUUGAAAUGGGCUCUUAUCCACAGACACAAUACCAGCCUACAGCGUACGAUCCUGAUAGUACAGGCUACAACUUUUCCCAGGCAUUUGUGCCUCACGUUUAUGAUGACGAAGAAGAGCAACAGUUUGACAGGGAGAUUCAGUUCAAUCAAUUUCAGGGAGACAAUUUGGACCUUCAGACAGUGCACGUGGCUGACUCCGACUCAGAGCAGGACGGCAGAACAGUUUACGACCAGGAAUUAGAGUCACCGUUUGCAGAGGUCGGAGAAGACUUCCCUGAGCCUCCAGAACAGGAAGAGGUGAGACAGAAGCCCAAACUAGGCAUCGCCACGGGCCACAACGGCCAUUUGGUGCUUGACUGUCCGGUGGCCACUGAACUCCUCACGAAAUUUCCCGACUACGAUGCCAGCAAGCCAGAUGGCGGGCUAAGUAGAGAAUUCUCCUAUAUGAGGUACACUGCAGUGACUUGUGGUCCUUCAAACUUCUGGAGAGACGGCUAUAUCUUGCGACCAAUCCACUACCCUGUUAGACGUCAAACGGAAAUGAUGGUGGUCAUCACAAUGUACAAUGAAGACGAUAUCCUUCUAGCUCGUACACUUAAGGGUGUGUUCAAGAAUAUCAAACAUUUGGAGUCGAGGUCAAGAUCCCCAGUUUGGGGGAGAGACUCUUGGAAAAAAGUUGUCGUCUGCGUGGUCAGUGACGGUCGUUCAAAGAUCAAUGAGCGUGCUCAGGCACUUCUAGCUGCCCUUGGUGUCUACCAGGAAGGGUUGGCCAAAUCUCGUAUUGACGACAAAAAAGUUCAGGGUCACAUCUACGAAUACACUACACGUGUAGGUAUAUCAUCCGUCGAAGACACUGUGAAAUUGACUACUGAAAAGGUUGUCCCGGUGCAGAUGUUAUUCUGUCUCAAGGAGAACAACGCCAAGAAGAUCAACUCCCAUCGUUGGUGCUUCGAAGCAUUAUCUCAAGUGCUUGAUCCUAAUAUUGUUGUUUUACUCGAUUGCGGAACCCAACCAUCCGGUAAAUCUCUAUACCAUUUGUGGAAAGAGUUCGAUAAAGAUCCUCGUGUUGCUGGUGCCUGCGGUGAGAUCAAGGCCUCCUUGAAAAAAAGGCAAAUGCUCACCAACCCAAUUGUUUACGGGCAGAAUUUCGAGUACAAAAUAUCCAACAUUCUUGAUAAACCCACGGAGUCGGUGUUUGGUUUCAUCUCCGUCUUACCAGGUGCCUUUUCUGCCUACAGAUAUGUUGCUUUGCAAAAUGACAUCAAUGGUAAAGGUCCUUUGGAGAAGUAUUUCAAGGGUGAGUUCUUGCAUGGAAGUGGUGAACUAGACCCGAAUGACGAUGAGUACGAUCUAAAGGUUAAAAUGUUGAAAGAAGAAGCGGGUAUCUUCACUUCUAACAUGUACCUAGCCGAAGACAGAAUUCUUUGUUAUGAGUUGGUAGCCAAACCUGGCUGUUCUUGGGUUUUGCGCUAUUGCAAGUCUGCUAGUGCAGAGACGGAUGUUCCUGAAGGUCUAGCCGAAUUCAUUUUGCAAAGAAGAAGAUGGCUUAAUGGUUCCUUCUUCGCUGCCAUAUACUCCCUUGCUCAUUUCUAUAAGAUUUGGCACUCGCUGCAUAGCUUUGGUAAGAAGAUCAUGUUUCACGUCGAAUUUUUCUACCAACUUAUCAACCUCAUUGUUUCAUGGUUCUCCAUCGGCUCGUACUUUUUGGUGUUCAGAAUAUUGACCACAUCUUUAUCGGACGAAAGUCUAAAUUUUGCUCCAGGUAAUGUUCUUUCGGUUAUCUUCUUGUGGUUGUACCUUGCAUCCAUUGUGACGACUUUUGUCUUAAGUUUUGGUAACAAACCUAAAGGCACGGAGAAGUUUUACAUUGUCAUCGUCUGUUUCUUUGCCAUUCUUAUGGCCUACAUGAUUUUCGCUGCCAUCUUUAUGGCUGUCAACGCCAUUCAACUGAUAUAUAAUACUAAUCAGGGUGUCAGUGUUUCUUUGUUUUUUAAGAAUGAGCAGUUCAGAGACUUGGUUGUUGCGACAUGCUCCACAUAUGCGUUGUACUUUAUUGCAUCAUUUUUAUACUUCGAGCCCUGGCACAUGUUCACCUCCUUUGUCCAGUAUAUCUUGCUUUCCCCAUCAUACAUCAAUGUGCUUAAUAUCUAUGCCUUUUGCAACAUUGACGAUAUAUCCUGGGGUACUAAAGGUGAUACUGGUGCAACCGAUUUGGGUGCUGCGAAAGUAAGAGAGGAUGGUACUUUUGAUGUUAACAUACCUGUGCUUAAGGAAGAGAUAAACCAGUCCUAUUUGAACCAGCUUGAGAAGAUCAAGAAGCCAAGAGACGACGAUGGAGGCAAGUACCACGCGACGAAUGAAGAUUAUUACGCCUUCGUGCGGUCCAUGACGGUAUUGAUCUGGAUGAUAUCUAACUUCGUUAUAGUGGCCAUUGUGCUAGAAACUGGUGGCUUCAACCAGUUCAACAAAAAUGAAGACUCCGAUGUCAUUAAGAGCGCUAGGUCUAAGGUUUUCCUCACUGUGAUUUUGUGGACAGUGGCUUUCAUGGCGCUUUUCCGAUUCAUCGGAUGCACGACGUAUUUGAUUUUCAGAUUCAUGGAUAAGUUCAGGCUGCGUGCCAAGAUGUAA